GUAUGCCUGUGGAGUGUCACGUCCCUGGGACCUGUAACGUAAUUCGCAAAAUAUUUACGACAUCACAUCACAAACCAAAAUUAAAAAAGGAGUCUAUUAACAACAGGGUUGUUAUACAUUUAUUUUUGUUUUCUUGAAACUUGGAUGAAGAUUUGAUGAUAUCGAGUGUAUUUUCCAUAAUAUUCAACCCAGAUUAAUUAAUAUCCUCACCGCAACAAAUAUGACGUUAAUCGACGGUGUUGGUGACGAAGUGACUGAUUUCUUCAUAAUAGUCAGUGUGCUGUUAGUCGGAUGGCUAGCAUGGUGUUCUACAAGUAUAGCCGAUCAGCCACUUAUACGUACAGUGCUGAUAUUGCAACAUCGCACACGCACUCGUAUUGCUGAACUCCGGGCGAGUAGUCAGAUUACAAACUCCACCAAUCGAAUCCAAAAUCUUGAGCCCACACCGGAAGCUAUAGAACAUGUAAUUGAAACUGUGAACGAUACGGUAGAUCCGCAAUGUCCAACACCAUCCGCUGUCCCAGCUCCUGGUGAGGAACAGAACGAGACAAACUCAGCUGUUGCGGCUGCCUCGUCCGAAGAAGCGCUAAUCCAAGCUAUGGACACUUUCAGUAACGAUGACUCCGGAUUACGACAGAGGAUAGUCAAGAUCGAUACUGCUACGGAAUCAACUGAUGUACCUGAUUCUGCGGCUACUAUUACGACCGAGCAUUUAGGUGCCAGUGCUGAGCCUGUGGUCGACGAUGCUAAUCAAAUAACUAUAAAACUAAAGUUUAUCAAUGAUGAUCAAAAAGUAGUUAAAGGAAGUCCAGAGGAAUUAUUGGGUGAUUUUAAAAGAAGACAUUUUGAGGUGGAACUUGCUGCUCAGAAACUAGUUCGCUUGGUAUUCAAUGGUCAGGUACUUCAACCUGAUACUAGAACCUUGAAGAGAUGCGGUUUGUACCAUAACUGUGUUGUUCAUUGCUUGGUACAUCAACCACGACCAAAUCCUACGCCUGCAGUUCAGUCAGGCACAUCAGACAAUGCCUCGCCACUGUACUUUAACCCUCAAUCAUUCCAAGACUUGCCAGCAAGUGCAGGCCUUGCAGCAGGACGACACGACUGGGAUCUUAGUAGACUUUUAGUUAGCAUUUUGACAGUAAUUUUGGGUCUUGCUUGGUAUUCACGAUACCAUUAUGCUCAAUUAUUCACGGCAACUACUACUCUCGCACUAUACGCGCUCACUGCUAUGUUUACCGUUGCACUAUUCGGCCACUUUUUCCCUGAUCAAGAUAGCAUUAGAAACAUUGAAUAAAAAGAACGUUAAUCAUUUUGGAAAAACUCGACAACGUUACAUGAAAUAUUCGAAACACAGUUACUCCGGAUAAAGUGACUUGAUUACAUCAAAUCUUGAACAUUUUGUCUCUGAACAAACGCAAUGUCUUUACAUUAAGUAAGGACGAAGGUCUGUUUUCAAUUUUCAGACAUUGACCGUUGCAUAACAAGAGUCCGGAAAGUAUACUGUUAGCUUACAGAUAUCAGGAAGAGAAGAGAAUAUUUUGGAAGAGCAAAUUCUUAUGUAAAUUUUUGUAUGACGUACUACUUUUCAAUUUUAAAUAUAUAUAUAUUUUUUUUUGUAAAAUAUAGGUGAUUGAAAACUGUGUUGGUAUUAAAUUUGCUCUAAAUUAAUACUUAUUUAAUUUAAAUAAUACGCAAGUUCUAAACUUUGUCGUGUAUAUAGAAUGUAAAAAAACCAUCGUUGUUACAUUGAAAUAGCAGGUUUAUAUUUCAGUUACCAUGUUACAUGCGUACAGAAUGCAGUUUGAGUUAUUUUAUAAAUUAUUGCCACCCGUGAUGAGCUUAUGUUAAACUUAACUUGUUUGUUAUAUUUUCGGAACGUUAUCUUUCUUUUUAAAAUGUAGGAAGAAUAAACCAGAGUUUAAAGAAUCAAA